GCUUUCUACCAGGUUAUUCAAAUUAAUAAUUAUUUUCAGGGUGGUGGGGGAGACAAGUGUCUGUCAUGUGACCGCACUGUGUAUGCAAUGGAGAGACUGGAAGUUGCUGGUCGUGUACUACAUAAGAAUUGCUUCAAAUGCUGCAAAUGUAGUACAAAACUCAGCAUGAAUUCAUUCUCCAUAGGCGGUGAGGACAUAUACUGCAUGACACACUAUAAACAGGCUUUCACAGAAAAAGGAACAUAUGAUGUAUUUACACCUAACAAAGGGAAGUGGACAAGAAAAAUUGAAGCAACAAGUUCAAGAAUUGGCAAAGAGUCAAGAAUAGAAAAACGUUUUUAG